UCCUCCUAUAAUCGCCACCAUCAAAUUGGUGUGCGCGCGUGUGGUGUGGCCGAAGCAGCGGCAGCAUUUCAGCUCACAAAUGCAGUAGCUUCCGUCACCGCUCCCCACUAUCAAAUCUGUCGCAAGUUCACGAAGCACAGUACCGGCAGCACGGAAUCUGCGGGACCGUCCUCGCCUGCGCCACCGCGGGGGUCCCGCGCCGCCCGGCUCCGGCGAGGCUGCGACCCGCCGCUGACUGCUGGUACUGUCUCAGAGCGGCGCAUUGGACUGGACAGUGGAGCAGAGCAACGGGGCCUCGCCGUCGGCGGAGAAGAAGGAGGCUGCAGCUGCUGUGCUUCGUGGUGAUCCGAUUCCUGCCACGGAUUGGACCACUGGAACCAGCUAGAAUUCUUUUCCCAGCUUCUCGUCUCAUCUGAUGUCCAACAUCGCCAUGGUGGCUGCUCCUCCAUCGUCGUCGUGUGACAGUGACACCUACCUGCUGUUCCAUGGCGAGACUCUGCUUUCCACCGGCGCCCGCGCCUCCCUCUACACCGUCGCGCUCGCGUACUGCUUCAUCGGACUGUCCGCGAUCACCGCCCGGUUCUUCAAAUCCAUGGAGCAGAUCAUGAAACACUCCCGGGAGGUGGUUGUCAUUGACCCGCACACCAAGGAGCCUGUUGUCAAGCACGAGAAGGUGUGGAACUACACUGUCGCGGACAUUGCUCUGCUUGCGUUUGGUACCAGUUUCCCUCAGAUCUCCCUCGCCAUCAUCGACGCCAUCCGAAAUCUGGGUCAACUGACAGCAGGAGGUCUAGGUCCAGGCACACUUGUUGGUUCUGCGGCAUUUGAUCUGUUUCCAAUCCAUGCUGUCUGUGUGGUUAUGCCAAGGGCAGGGUCUAAGAAAAAGAUCUCUGACUUGGGUGUUUGGUUGGUUGAGCUCGUCUGGUCUUUCUGGGCAUAUAUUUGGCUCUAUGUUAUCUUAGAGGUGUGGACGCCUAAAGUGAUCACCCUCUGGGAGGCACUGCUGACAGUCUUGCAGUAUGGGUUACUUCUGCUUCAUGCAUAUGCACAGGAUAAACGGUGGCCAUUUGUAUCCAUCCCAUUUGUGAGAGGUGAGAGGCCUGAAGAUUGGGUUCCACCAGAAGAUGUUUCUGUUGAUUACGACAACUGUGAUGACACUAAUGAGACACUCCCUAUAAGUGCUAACCGGAAUGAUGGCAUUGUAGACGUAUUCUCUGCACAUUCCUACCACAUUGCAGAGUACAGUCGAGUUCCAGAAAAGGAUAUGGAAGGAUCAUCAACAAUGGAUCAAGUUGUAAAGAACACACAAGAAGAUAUAUCCUGGCUUUCUAUUUGGUGGCAACAAUUUGUUGAUGCUUCAAUGUUGGAGAGCCCUGAGUCAAGGAAGAUGCAUUCCAUCUGCCUGAGGUUCACCACAAUAUUUUGGAACUUGAUCAUUGCGCCUUGGAAAUUUUUGUUUGCUUUUGUGCCCCCAUACAAUAUUGCACAUGGCUGGAUUGCUUUUAUAUGCUCACUGAUCUUCAUAAGUGGUAUUGCUUAUGGUGUUACUAAGCUUACAGAUCAGAUAAGCUGUGUCACAGGAGUAAGUCCAUAUGUUAUUGCAUUCACAGCACUGGCUGCUGGAACCUCAUGGCCAGAUCUAGUUGCCAGCAAGAUAGCUGCUGAGCGUCAAGUCACUGCAGACUCUGCAAUAGCCAACAUCACCUGCAGUAACUCGGUGAACAUAUAUGUUGGCAUUGGUGUUCCGUGGUUGAUUGACACAGUGUACAACUUCUUCGUUUACCAGGAGCCAUUGUACAUAGAUAAUGCUGCUGGUCUCAGCUUCUCCCUUCUAGUCUUCUUUGCGACAUCAUUUGGAUGUAUUACGGUUUUGGUUCUGCGCCGCAUUAUACUCGGUGCUGAGCUUGGCGGCCCUAGGCUAUGGGCUUGGGUUACAUCAGUCUACUUCAUGAUCCUUUGGGUUGUUUUUGUUGUUUUUUCCUCUCUAAGAGUUUCAGGAGUAAUAUAGACCGGAAAACAAAGGUACUGGGGUUUGAAUUUUCUGUUUUUCAGUUUUGUUAUUACUACUGGUUUUCACAUCCACAAAGAAAAUGCCUAUUGCGGCGAAGAUUAGGGUCCUUGAAUUAGGGAUUAUAGAUACAAGUGCUUGUUAUAUAUCAUGGUUAUUGAAGUCAACAAUAUAUUGUACAACAUAGUGGAAGUUGAUCUCCCAGAAAGAAGGAAAACCAGCUGCAUCGCUCUCAAAUAUUGAUUCAAACUCAGUGUUACUUGUAUAAUCAAUCAUACAACAUGUAAAUAUCAAGGCUUAUGUGUAAGUUGCGUUGGCAUUUUACUAGUACUAUAUUUUUAUUGAUUAUCAACAAUACAUUUGAGUGGUCGUCUGUCACAA